CCUUCAGAAAAAAAUGGACGAACUGAUUACCCCAGUACGAGACCGGGCAAUGGCCGGCAUCAAGCAGAAGACCAAACAGGACAAGGGAACAGACGAGCAGGACAACAAGGUGGAAACGGUCAGUCCCGCACUCAUAGAGAAGGUGAAAGCGCUGAAGUCCAACAUGGCGUUGUCGGUCGAGGAGCGACGGAUGGACGAAGACAGUGAAGCUGUCCUCAAGAUGAUACCCACUGGAGAUUACAUUGAGUUGGACAAGGUCCGUGCAGACGACAGCAGCACCGUGGACCCCACGGAGAGACCCGUCAAAUACACCGUUAUCAUGUCCGACGAAACCCUCUCGCCACAAUUCAACACAGAAAGUAGCAGGAACGACAACUCUGACGAGUCUAGCCUCGAUUACACAACACCUGCACGACCACCGGUGACGGACAGACACAGUACUGUAGAAACGAUGACUAGCACUACAACAGGCGUCACAGAGAGUACUGUCGACUCGGAGACUGUUACCAUGGAAAUCUCGUCUGCCACUGCAGGACCAUCUGUGUCUCCCAGUGCUAGCUAUACAACCGAGGAGUCGAUCAGCCAAACGAUGACCCUGGAUCAAGAAAAUACAACAACGGAAUCUACCGAAUCAACUACCAGCAUGGAUAAAGAAUCGACCACCUCGUCAUACGCGACAACCACAACAUACGAAAAUAGGACAGAAGAACGUCUAAACCAGACCAAGUCUUUGGAGAACAUCACCGAAACAGUCCAGAUACAGACCCUGUCGCAGGAUCUGCUGUCGAAAACAAAAAACGUAAUUUCAGAAAAUCUGCAGCGCUUUGUUGAAGCUAGCUCGCUGAACGAAACCGAAAAUCUACAGCGCAUUGUUGAUGAAUCUAGUUCGUUGAACGAAUCUGAUAUUGUCGGUAUGGAAGAAAUAGAGCCGACUGCAUAUACUACGGAAGAGCCUAAGCAGGAAUUGGUUUUGAACCUGACGACCGAGAACGAAAUCGAAACAACGACGUCACCGAUCAUUGUAGAUGACUAUGAAUCAGUGGAAAUGGAAAGCGAAUACACUACUUCGAACAAGGAGUUUAGUACUGAAAGCACGAGAGUAACUGUCGACAGAAGUACGCAAAUACCCGAGCAGGAAGUCGACUCUACGGAAGAAAGUGAGACAUCAUCUCGUGCUUCCAGCAGCUUUGAAUAUUCCACCGACUCUUCAUUUGAGACAGGAAGUGACGUCACAGCUGUCAUUGUUAACGCCACAAGUCACGCAACGACAACCUUGAUGGACGACACAACCGAAUACAACUUGCUAGGCCACCUGUUGAAUAUUCAUAGAAACAAUUUCAGUGACGAUUCAACGACUGAAGGGGCAGGAACUACGCCACUACCUUCUGUACAACCUGGAGAUCUGUUCACCCUGCCCACAACAGAAACAUUAACGGAUUUAGUAGACGCAAUCCAGACGACUUUGUCGCCGAUAGAACAGUUCCUGAAGCUGAUCAAUGAUACUUUUGACCUGGCGGAGAGGACGAAUCUGACCUACCCUUACUACGACACGCAGGACGCCCCCUACGACAUGAACGCCGUGCAGUAUGCAACAAAGUCGCUGUCCGACCUAAUCUCCCAGACUGAGAAAGACUUCGCGGCGAGCAGUCAGUUCGUUAACCCGGACGAAAGCUUGAAUGCGGUCAAUACGGACGAAGGCUUGAAUACCGUCAAUAAGGACGAUUCGUUGAACAGCAUCAACACAGAUGGCACGAUAAACAAAAUCCCUUACUACCACGUUCAGAAGGACAACUAUUUCCACAUUGGGGAACAACGCGACGUCAAAUCAGAGGGACUUGGAGAAGAACAGAGAGACAUGACGAAGAGUGAUGGGGCUCAUGGAGAAAAGCGCGACUUCAAGACAGGAGAGUUUAAGGAACAUAAUAAAGAUGAUUCGGAGCUCGAUGCGAGUUCGAACGUGAUCUCAAGUAUCGACCACUACAACAAGCUGUAUAAGAAGACGAGGGAAGUGCUUGAUAAGGCAUACAACGAGCGGAGUCACGAACUCUUCGACAAGCAGUUCGCCACGUCGUCAACCAUGUCACCAUCCACAACCACGUCAACACCCACAACUACAUUAACAUCCACAACCACAUCAACAUCCACGCCGACGUCUACAGCCGAAGAUCCGGUUCUCGAGAGGCUGUUUAAACCGAACCCUGAAAAACCAUACGAUAUUUCCGACUUCCAGAAAUACCAGAAGCCGGCCGAUUCUCUGUUUAUGAUCAAGCCGAACACACCUCGACCAGUCCGUAAAGAAACCCCGAGACCUCCUCAGUUCAGAAACCCUUUCAUCUCUUACCCAGAACCGUCCAUGUGGAGAAUUCCUCAGGAAGGUCCUUACAACAGAGGCAGUGUUCCACAGAACCAGUUCUACAACCCGGGAUACGGCAGGAUCAACGCGGUGAAAUCUGGUUCCAACUGGGUGAAAUCCGGUCAUAACUGGUACGGAAUGGACAGCGGCGUCAGUAGGAACAGGUUUGACCAGACGUCGCAUCUCAACAAUCUGGCAUCUCUAGGAAUCAAGCAGCAGACGGUAGUCGCGGAAAAACCUCCCGCACAUAGCAUCUACAAGAACGAAGCUAACGCCUGUUCCGGUCUGUUCGGGUAUUACGCCGAUCUGUCUGACUGUCGGGCGUUCUUCAUCUGCAGCUGGGGCAUUCCCUACAGGUUCUUCUGUCCCCACGGGACCCUCUGGAACCCUAGCGAGGGCGUCUGCGACUGGGCGCUGAACGUCGACUGCACCAGAAAGUAAAACACAAAACACUCGCCGACAUUCAGCUACGUGUUACUGAUACUCUUGCUAAGACAACAAUAAUGUCAGCUGUACAUUUAGAAAGCAAAUCUCAACAACUCGAGUUGUUCAUCGCACUAACGAAAAGACAAACAGACAACAAAACAAAAUGUGCUGAAAUAAGAAUGUAUGGAGCAUGUUUUGCUAUUCUCAAUAGCGGCAGGACCGGACCUGCACGUAAAUACGGGUGGGGGGGGGGGGGGGGGGCAGUAAAACAA